AUGGAGCUGUCACGCAUACGCCUGCAGCCAAGGGGCAUGAUUUCAGGCACGAACCGGGCACCCAAUUCUGGCAGGCAAAGAAGUACCGCAUGUCAACGUUGCAAUAAACGAAGGACGAAAUGUGAUGGGUCUAUCAUUGGCGUCCCCUGCUCUGCCUGCCAAAAGAGCAACAAUCACGACCAGUGCGCCCCCAUACUGUCUAAACGUAGGAGAGGGCCUGAUGGACGCUACACAUUGGAGCCUCCAUCCAGUUCUGAAUCACUUCGAAGCUCAGCUGAUAUCACCGUCGACAACGCAAUGGACAACAGUAUGCCCUUUCCACCUCAGAGUCGUGCGCAGGAAGCAAGAAGUGGAUCUGAACGGGCCUCGUCCUCGGCCCAAGCUGUAAGCCCAUCGUCACAGCUGACCGUACAGCCGAGUGUUGUUGGUGAAAGCUGGUAUGCGUCCUAUGUUAUGAGAGGUUAUACUCCCGGCCACAACAGUGUUCAUCGACCAAUCGGUGAAUGCAAUGAGACAGUCCAAGAUGUUACAUUCGCUACGAGAACGAAUGAAGUGUCCAGUAACUUGUCACAGCCUCAAGAUAAGCCUGGCUUGUCUGAUCUUCCAAAGCCAGAUAUGGUUGAUGCUCUGAUUAAAGCGUAUUUUGAUCGGUUUCAUACUUUCUGUCCAAUUCUCAGCAAGAGGUUGUUCUUUACGUCCAUACACGAAGGGAAUGUAUCUGGGACACUAUUGAGAAGCAUUCUUUUUGUUGCAUCCUUGCACUGCGAUCUAGAAGUUCUGCAUCGUAUGGGGCAUAGCACUCGCUUGGAUGCCAACCAUGACUUGUUUACCAAUGCGAGUACCUCUUUCGACAUGGAUAGAGACUCUACGAGACUCGACAUGAUACUGUCGUCCUACCUCUUACACUACUGGUUUGGAAACCCCACAGCCUACCGAGACUGCCACUGGUGGAUUGCUGCUGCUAUUCGAUCUGCGCAGUGCACAGGCUAUCAUAGAAGUACAAGCAACAGCCAAUUGUGUUCUGAGCAACGAUCUCGAUGGAAGCGGAUAUGGUGGUGUCUAUAUGUUCGUGACCGUCAAAUUGCGAUAUCAACUGGCACACCCAUGGUGAUCAACGACAUGGAUUACGACGUUGAAGAACUUGUUGUGGAAGACCUGGUUGAUGAGAGCGCGGAGACAGCUCAUGGCCCAAAUGUACUUCGCGCAUUGCUCACCCUUGCGGCUUCCUCUAAGUAUUCUGUUAUUUCGAAUUGCCUCCUACUUAAUUCACCUUCCAGUUACUACGCUAUAAACCUGUAUCAGAGGCUACAAAGACAGUGCAGUAAGUCUAGAGAGACAAAGCUCGUCGUUGACGCCGCAACACAAAUAUUCAACCUAGUGGAGAACUCCUUAUUAUACUGGACUCCAGAACAUUUCCCCAUGAUUUAUGUAUCCGCUCUGUUCUCAGCCAUGAUGGCUCUUGCGGUGGAUGGAAGUAGCACAGCGCCCAGAAGUGACCAAAUGUUUGUCAAAAUUCGCCGUGGCCUGCUUGCUCUCAAGCAAUUUGAACAAGUCUAUAAUCUUGCACGCUGGAUUAGGAAUUUCUUCAUGGAUAUCUUGAAUCAAUCUGAGACAGGAGGGGGCAGCCGAGGGGAUGGUCAACCAGUGAGCCCACAUGGUAAUGAGAAUACGACCGAGAUGCAAGCCCCAGAAGAAUUGGCAGGGCAUUCUCACAGCCAGGAGGAACCAGCCCAGGUAUUGGCAGGCGCACCAUCACAAGAGGGUGAGCCCGUGUUCGUCAUGUCUGAUUUGACUCUCGGAAACACCACAUUCAUGCUUGGACAAGACUCCAGUGAUGCCAGCGUGGACGGGGGAGGUUUCUGGCCAAUGUAUUUGGCCAACGGAGUCUUUUCUAACACAAGUUCUGGAGAUGCCAUGGACUUUCCACAGCCAGACUCGACUCAGUAUCAAGCCAUGUACUUCCUGGCCGAUCUAGGAAUAGCCAAUGUUGGUUCUGAGCCUGUUUAUGAGGGAUGA